AUGGAGAAAUGUUAUAAACUAAUUGAACGCCAAAUGUAUGCAGAAGCCUUGGCAUCUUUGACCUAGAUAUUAAAAAGAGAGAUCAACAAUCCUUAAUUGGAGACAAUCUAUUUAAUUUAGCAUAUUCUAAGCUAAAGUUAAAGAUAUAAGAAUUUGCAAAUAAAAAUAUUAGAAAUAGUGAAAUAAGAAGAGAAUGAAGAUGAAGUUGAUGAUGAUAAAUAUUUCAAUCUAGUGCUAGAUUUAAUUAAUCUUUUAAUAGAUUAAAAUAAUAUUCAACAAGCAAAAAAUUGGUCAAAACAAUUGAAAAAAUGUGUUCAAGGAAUCUAAUAUAAUGAAAGUUUAUUGUAUUUAAUAGAAAAUUUAGAUAACAUGUUAGCAUACAAGUAAAAAAAUAUUGAUUUGAAAGAAUAAGUAAAUAAGUUGUUUAUCAAAGCUUCAAAUUUAUGAAGAAUUGUCUGAAUUAGAGAGAAAGACAAAAUAUUUUGAAUAGGAUGGUAUGCCUGCCUAUUUGAUACCAACUAGAUGGUUUAAUAAGUGGAAGAGCUAUGUAACUGAUACAGCAAUUGAAUUACCAAAUGAAAACUUAAAUAUUGAGAAAGAAAUAGAAGUUUUAGAGAAUCUAUUCAAUGUUUCAAGUGAUCUUGAUAUUGAAGAGUAAAUAACUGCUCCAGGACCAAUAAAUGGAUUUACAUUAAUUUAAGCUUAAUCAGCUCUUGAAUUAGAUCCAUUUGGUCCAAAAUCAUAUACAAAUUAUAUUUUAAAAGAAAAUAUAAGAGAAGGAGCUGAUUUUAUACUUGUUGGACAUAAAAUAUAUGAAUAUUUUAAGAAUAUUUAUGGUGGAUUUGAAAUUAAAAGAUUAAUAGUAGAACAUAGCCAAACACAUUAAAAAUAUGUUGAUGUAAUUAAUUUAUAAUAAUAUAAAAUAGUUAGUACCAAGGAUGAUCUAAUUUAUAAUAUUACCAAAUGAAGAAAAACAUAGAGGUAGAUUAAUUACUGCAAAUAGUAGUGAUUUAAUAUUAGAUUUGUGUAAGAAAGUGAAUAGAAUAUUGAAAUUGAAUAAUGAAGUGAGAUGGUGGAAGUUUAAUGAUUUUUAGAGUUAAGAAGAAUUUAUAAAGAAGUUAUAAAAAAGAGAAUUAUAUAAAUAAGUAUCUGCUAAAGUAUUAGACAAAACAACAAUGAUUGAUGAAAUUAAUUUUACAAGUUCAGAUUUAUUUAUUUGUGAAAUUAGAUAUGGUAGAGAUUGGUAAAUAAGUGAAAUUGAUAAAAAAUAGAUAUCUUCUGUUAAAAGAAAAAUAAAUAUAUCUGAUGUUCCUUAAAUAAUGAAUGAUUCUCGUAAAGGUGUAACAGGUUUAUAAAAUUUAGGUAAUACUUGUUUUAUGAAUGCUGCUUUAUAAUGUUUAAGUAAUACUUAUGAAUUAACUGAAUAUAUGGUUAGUAAUGAAUUCUAUUAACAUUUAAAUUGUGAAAAUCCUUUAGGAACAAAAGGAGCUUUAGCAACUGCUUAUGCUGAAUUAAUGAAAAUAAUGUGGUAUGGUAAUAAUUCAGCAGUUAGUGCUUAUGAUUUAAAAAGAGUAAUUGGUAAAUUUGCUCCAUAAUUUUAUGGUUAUGGUUAAUAGGAUUCACAUGAAUUUCUAUCAUAUUUAUUAGAUGGUUUACAUGAAGAUCUAAAUAAAGUAUUCAAUAAACCUAUUGUAAAAGAAGUAGAAAUAAUAGAUGAAACUGAUUUUGAAGCAUCUCGUAUAUUUUGGAAUAAUUAUAUUCUUAGAAAUUAGAGUAAAAUUCAAUAAUUGAUGGUGGGUUAAUAUAAAUCAACUCUUGUUUGUCCAAAUUGUCAUAGAGUUUCUAAAACAUUUGAUCCUUAUAUGAGUCUUUCACUUCCAAUACCAUCAUAUACAUUAAUAUAAUUAUCCUUAUAUUUUAUAUAUUAGAAUGAGAAAAUACCUUUAAAAAUAUAGCUUAACAUAAAAAGUGAUUAAGAUGCAAAUUAUAUUGGAUAGGAAUUGUCAAAAUCUUUGAAUAUAGAAAAAGAUUAGAUGAAUUUUAUUUUAUUAAAAGAUCAUUUGAUAAAGGAGAGAAUUAAAAAGAAAUAGAAUGUAAAAUGGAUUCAAGAACAAGAAGGAUAAUUAUUUGUAUAUUAAAUAGAAAAAGAAUUUCAUCAAUUAUCAGAUGAUUAAAUUCAUAUUGAUUUUUAUUAUUGUAACAAAACAGAUCGUUCAAAUUUUAAUGAAUAAAUUAUAACUUUCCCAAGAUAAUUUGUACUCUAAAAGUAAAAUAAAAUAAUUGAUAUUUACUUUAAAAUUUAUUAAUAAUUCAAACAUCAUCUAAUAUUGAUUAUCUAAGAACUUGCAGAUUAAUUAUUAAAUGAAGGAGUAAAUAUCUAAGAAUAUUGUUAAGGUGCACCUUAAACAUUAGAAGAAUUCAUUAAUGAAAUUAAAUAAUUUAAAGUUGAAUUGUAUAAAUUAGUAUAUAAUGGAAAACCAAUGGAUUAUAUGAGUUAAGAUACACUUGAAAAUUAUAAAUAAAAAAUACUAUCUAUUCAUGUUAUAUUGAAUCCUUUAUUUGGUAGAUCAGAAAUACAAAACUUGAAAUUUUAAAGAUGCAAAGAUUUCAAUGAUGAAUAAAAUCGAUAAUUAAGAAAAGGGGAAUAUACAUUAGAGGAUUGUUUAAGAUCUUUUGCAAAGGAAGAAGUCUUAGGUAAAGGUGAUGAAUGGUAUUGUAAUAGAUGUAAACAACAUGUAUAAGCUACUAAAUAGAUGGAAAUAUAUAGAGCUCCAUAAUUAUUGAUUAUUCAUUUAAAGAGAUUUAGAUCUGCAAAUAAUAGAAUAAGUAGUUAUGGAAGUUUCUUCUAUUCUAAUGGGUCUUAAAAAAUAACAACUAUGGUUCAUUUUCCAAAAAAAUUAAAUCUUAACCCUUUUGUUCUUUCAAAAGUUAAUGAUAAUGAUCCAAUAGAUUAUAAUUAUGAAUUAUAUGGAGUUGAUAAUCAUUUUGGUGGUUUAGGAGGUGGACAUUAUACUGCCUGUGCUUAUAAUUAAUUAAUAAACAAAUGGGUUGAUUACAAUGAUUCAAGUGCAAGAAUCACAUCAGCAGAUGUAGAAAGUGAAGCUGCUUAUGUUUUAUUUUAUAGAAGAACAGACUCUCAAAAAUGUAGUUUAGGAAGAUGA